ACUUUCCACACUUAACUUCCAGAACUCUUUCGCCAUCAGAUUUCGGACAAACCAGAUUAUCGAUAUUCUGACAGACAGCAUACGUGCCGUGCCUGCCAGGCGAAUCGCUCCACAGCUUUAGCUCACUUUUCUGCUGACCGCACAGCAACCAGCAAAAGUGACAAUCACACAUAAUGCUUCGCUCCUCCCUCGCCCGCAGCGUCCGUGCUACUCCGCUUCGCAACGCCGUUGGUGUUCGCUCCGUUCACGCCGUCUCCACUCCUUCCCUCAUCGACCUCGACAAGAGAUGGGAGUCUAUGGCCCGCGAGGAGCAGAAGGAUUUGAUGGACCAAUUGGCUGAGAGGCAGAAGGGUCCCUGGACUGAGCUUACCUUGGCUGAGAAGAAGGCUGCUUACUACAUCGCAUUCGGUCCCUACGGUCCCCGUGCCCCCCUCCACCCCCCCAAAUUCCACCUCAAGGUCUUCAUGGGUGUCUUGGGAGGUUUGGCCGCUUCCAUCACCCUCUUCCUCGGCAUCCGUUCUUUCGCUGCUGGACCCCCUCACACCAUGACCAAGGAGUGGCAGGAGGCGACGAACGAGUACCUCAAGGAGCAGAAGUCGGAUCCUAUCACCGGUAUCUCUUCCGAGGGAUACAAGGGCCCUGGACACGUCCAGUCCAAGUAG